AUUCCCUACAUCGGACCGAGAAUUGGUCCAAGUUAAACAAAAAAAAUUUGGUAUAGCCGGAAUUCCAAAUGUCAUUGGGGCAGUGGACUGCACACACAUCGCCAUGUUGGCCCCAAGGGAAAGAGAUGACAUAUAUGUGUGUCGGAAAGGCUAUCACUCCAUUAAUGUUCAAGCUGUUGUCGAUGCAAACAUGAGAUUCACUAACAUUGUGGCAAAGUGGCCAGGGUCCACACAUUACAGUGUAAUCUUUGAGAACUGUAGCUUGAAGGACUGGCUGGUAGAUGGCAGCAAAGGAUGGCUACUAGGAGACUACGGCUAUGGACUGAAGCCAUAUCUUCUUACUCCAAAGCUGAAUCCAAUGAGCAGAGCUGAGAUCGCGUUCAACUUGGCCCACAGUCGUUCAAGGAUGGUAGUAGAGAGGGCAUUUGGACUGUUGAAGUCACGUUUUAGGUGUCUUCACAAAACUGGAGGCUUUCUGCAAUUUUCGCCUCAGAAGACAGCUCUGGUGAGGACUGUAUGUGCCAAGCUUGCACAAUCUGUGUGUGAGUGAUGGUUUCCUUGACAUUGAUGACAUUGAGGUAGAAGACGACAAUGACAAUGCACAACUGCCAAUGGAAAACCCUGACCGGAAUG